AAGAGAAAAACAGAAAGAUAAAACGAGCAGUUCUGCAUCCUACGAAUAGCUCUGUGUAUGCCGCCAUGUUGGCUCAAUGUUUUUACCUCCAGGGCGCAGCAUAGGUCAUGUGACUGGAAACUAGUUUUGACUUGAACGACAAACCAGGAAGAAAUAUUAUAUUACUAAGGUGUCAGGAGAACAGAAGCCAUCAGGAAGAAGCAACGACAUUAACUUCUACAAUAUGGAGCUUGAAUUUUUCACAGAUCAGAGGUUAUUUGACAUUUUCUGCAAAAACAAGACAAAAAUAUCUACAAUAAGUGACCCAGGGAUGCUUCUUCGCCAUCUUAAAGAUAAUAAAAUCAUUACAGAAGCUCAUCUUGAAAGUGCACUUGACUCGGAAAACAGUGAUGAAAAUGUCUAUAAGGUGUUGGACUAUAUUGAAAAAAAGGGACCGAAAUGUGUUAGAAGAUUUUGGAAAUGUGUGAAUGAGAAGCAUAUCUCGGAGCGGUACCCCCAAAUCUUUGAACUGACUCAAUCUUUAGAGCAGGAGUUGCCUAAAUGUUCACCUGCUGGGAGUCAUGUUGUGGAGAACGCAAAUGAAGCCACUGAAACAUCAAACAAAAGAGAAGCAAGAGAAGAACCUAGCACCACUUUUACAGAGACUCAAAGGGAUUUUAUCCCCAUGGACAUAUCACAGAAUCUGUGGGACAUCCCUUCUAAUGAAAGAUGGCUUCCUGUUAAGUGUGGGGAAAUUGAGGCCUUACUGGACCGAGAAGGCCUGUAUAAACGAGAACAAAAAAUCAUUAAAAUAGAAGAACAACUAAUUACACCUUUUCGGUUUGAGGAAAUGGGUGGAAAAGGUCAUGUAAAGAAUUGGAAAAUGAGUAUAACAUGCCAAGGUACCCAAAUUAAGACUCUCAUUGAGAGGGACAUUUUGAAGGUGCCUCCUCAUGAGGGAAAACUUGUUCUUCGUAGAUAAACAACAUAUCCUCUAUAUAUAUAUAUAUAUGAUUUUUAAUUUAAACCCCCAGGAUUACUUGUAUUUAUAUUACGCACUACACUAUUCAGUCAUUUAUGGGAAAUAACGUACCAAUUUAUUUAUAUGAUAGAAAACACAGCUUACGAGACACUCACAAUUUUUUCAAAAAGUAUAAAAAAUUGCAAGAGGACAGAGGUCACAUGAUUGAUUUAUGUGAAGAAAAGAUGCAAAACUAAAAACAGUCUGCUACAAAUAUGAGAUCCGUUGUAGACCUACACUUGUUCAAAAACUGCUGCAGAAAAGUGAUGUUAUGUCAUCUUUGAUUGUAAAUAUUGGCUCUCGUGUGUCUCGUGACCAACUGCAUUUGCAUCAGAUAAGCUAAGAAUGUUAAGCGCUAUUGGCUUUCGUGACAAAUUGCACCACGCUCCAAUUUUCCAGUUUAUGUUAGAAUGAGAUCUGACUGUGGGUUGCAUUCAUGGAUCUCUUCAUAUAAAAUGAUCGUAUGGCUUCAUUUUGCAAGGUUUGCGACCGAAUUGUUUGUAAUACAUUUUACAUUUAGGCAUUUAGCAGACUCUUCUAUCCAAAGUGACAGAAAAGCCGUCAAUAUUUGUCAAGUAGAUUUGGAAAAGAUA